UACAGUAGUUGUAGUUGUAGUUGACAGCAAAAGCAGCUGAAAGCACGCACAAGUUCAAGUCAAGUGCAAAAGUGAAUAAGCAGCAAAAAGGCGCUGAGAAAUUCUUAUCGUGAGAACGUUAUGGCAGCAUCACAUUUGAGUUGGUUCGUGAAUUUGCUCUUCCUGCUAUUGAUGUUGGCGCGAGCACCGACAAUCGACACGCGGCCCGCCAUCGCACCACCAACAGCCGAUCUCAUUGCCGGGAAUGAGUUUCUCAAGUUAUUAUUCGAGCGUGACGAAUCGCAGCGCGAGUUACAUAGCGGUGAAUACAGCGAAAAUGAACGCGUGGUGCGAGGGAUGGCAGCUCAGACUGGCAGCAGCAGCAAAAGUGGUAUCGACAGUACAAGCAGAGGUAUUGCUGUUGGGGAAAGGCGAGUGACGCGCGCUGAUCACUCGGAGCUGGCAGGCGAUUCAACCACGCGGUCAACUGAUUUAGGUAGCAGAGGUGCGGUUGCGCGUAACCUAAAUUACAAGAGUCGCAAUGUGCAGAACGAUGCGGCGACGGCGACGACAACGGCAAAGACGACAGAGGACGAUAGCAAACAGGUGGUAAAAUUCGUGACGUCAGGCAGUAAAAUAGUCUUCUUAGAAGAGUAUGAUGACAAUGAUGCCGUUGUGGAUGCAGUGGCGCGUGAUAUUGAUUUGCAGAAGGAAAAUGUGAAAACACAAACCAAGCAAACGUUAAAAGAAACUGCGACGCAACAUAAAGCCAGUCCUGGCGAUGAAGUAAAGGUGGUUGCGGUGAGUGUGUCAUCCUCCAGUAAACGUGGCAGCUUAAGUCGCACGCACAAUCAUUACAACACAGCUGAUGCAGUUAUGUCAAAGUCGAGUAAUAAAUUUUCGCAACAAAGUGACAUAAUGCGCCGGCAGCACGAGCAAGCACCGCAUGACAGCGCUGACAAUAGUCAUAGCAUUGAUAGCAUGUCAGCCAUGAAGUUGACACUAACUACAACGCCACCAACAGCGCCAAUGAUCGCGUCUGCCACUUCGACAAUGGACGACUUUGUGAAUCGCUCGCACAAAAGUGAAUUCUCAAUUGAGGAAGCCGAGCCGCUGACAAUGUCGCCUCAAAAGCUACGCGGCUCCUCGCAUGCGACACGCGUCAAUAGUCCGCGUUCACUGCACAUGCCACAUGCAGUCAGUGGACGAGCAGUGAAAAUGGCUGGCAGCCUGCCAGAUGUGAACGACUCGGAGAAUAGCGCUUCGACGAACAUACAAAACGUGUUGGCUGCCCCACUGGUGCAGUCCGCAUCGACACGCACAGCUACAGUUACCGCGCCAGCUGCGUAUCACAGUGGCAGUGGCCAUAGUAAUCGCAACAGCACGUCCUCACACAUAAAUCACAGUAGUCCAAACGUAGCACAGUCACAUGCCAGUAGUCACUUGAGUGCUGACGAUGACAUGACCGACGACACAGUUAUGCUGGAUACGUCAGCUGCGGCGGCCAUCGGUGAUGCCACUGCCGAUGUGGAUGAAAAAUUGUUGCCAUUCCAAACGGUGAUCUAUCACAAUACGAAAGAAGGUCAUGGCCCACAAUCACGAUCGAUAUCAUACAGCUCGCUAUCGCAGAAUGUCGCAGAUUUGCAUGCGUGGCGGCACUCGGGCAUUUUGGCCGAAGCACAGCGCAAUGUUAGCGAAAGUUUAAAGCCCAUGCAGUUGGCGCACAACUCAGAGCCGGCUAAAUUCUAUUCCGUGCCAUCAAAAAUGUACAGUGAACCAUCCAAGUUCUACUCUGAACCGGCCAAGGUUUACUCCGAGCCGGCUAAAGUCUAUGGUGAACCAGAGAAAUUGUAUUCGGAACCGGCCAAAGUGUAUGGGCAACCGUCCAAGUUUUACUCGGAACCAGCAAAGGUAUACUCACAGCCGGCCAAAAUAUAUGGCGAACCGGCUAAGACAUAUUGGUCGCCAAGCGCUGGUGUGCCCACUGCAACCACUUCCACUACAACCGCCAGCUCUAUAAGUACAACAACCACAACAUCGACAACAACUGUGCGGCCAGGACGUUAUAUGCCUUCACGCCGUCCCGCGAUCGUGUCACGUAUUGCUUUCGGUGAAGCACAAACCUCUACAGCAGCACCACUUGCUGUCGAUGAACACGCACCGGCUACAAUGGCGGUUUUCACUAAUCAUAACCAACAGCAACAACAACAUCACAGUGCACAUCACGAGUCAAACACACGUUUUCAUCCACAUCCACAUGUCCAUAGUCACAGCCAUGCCGCGCAUAGUACGCAUAGUGCGCAUACUUCGCAUGGCUCGGUACAUGCGCAUUCGCACACUCAUUCGCCCAGUCAGUCACACUCUGCAACAGCAGCCCAACCUGCUCAAUCGCAAUCACAAUCCCAGUCACAUGCAGCGCAUUCACAACCACGUCGUGUACUCUUCAACUUAGAUAAAUUGCCGUAUGAUUUAUUGAAUGCGCCGGUACAAUCAUCGCAACAUCUCUUGGAUCCCGACUUCUCGCACAGCCCCCCAGCGGCCGUUACCUACUCGUCGCCCAGACAACGUCAAUGCCUGGAGUCCGCCUUCUCAGCGUCAUUGUCUCAAUCAGCCUUGCAACAGCAACAGCAGCAACGUCAACAUUCAUCAUUGUCGGACCAACAUUCUAAUCAAAAUGCCAAAGGAUUGCCUAAUAGAGAUCUAGUCAAGUGUGUUUCCAAAUACAACCGGCCAUCUGCCACAGCAACAGCGACAACAGAGAGCAGCCAGAGUGGCAACUAUGAUGAUGACAACGACGAUGACGACGGUGACUUGUAUACGCCGACCCCAGAGCAAAAUUACGAAAUUGAAGAGUCCGUAAGUGUUAUGACAAACGGACGAGCCCACGGUGUACAAGGCAAUUCAGCGGCGACAACAACAGCAAAGCCCUAUGCAACGCGCACCACAAAGCUACCCAAUCGCGGGUCUAUACAUCAUCAUCAUCAACAGCAACAACAUCAUUAUCAUGGCAAUACCAACGCGAAUGGCAAUAUGGCCAACGACUACGAUGACAAUGGUGGAGAUGCAGGUGGGUUGGAUGGUGAUGGCACUGGCACUGGCGAUGAUGGUGUUGAUGCAGAUGGCGGCAAAACUGGAAACGAUGAUGAGGAUGCCAAGGUGGCGUAUGUGGUGGAGGGACGUAACUAUCGCAAAUAUCGCGUAGAGGAGAAGACGGAUGAUGGUUUCAUUGUUGGCGAGUAUGGUGUGGUGGAUCAUAACGAUGGCAAUUUGCGAGGCGUACGUUACACUGCCGAUUCGACCAUUAAUCGGAGUUUGAUACAAAAGGCGUUGUUAACAUUUCUGAAGCUCAAAUAGUCAAAUGGACGACGUUGGAGGUGACGGAGGUGGUAUAGGGGCGUUAUGGCGAAUGGAAAAUGAUGUUGGGUGGCCAGUUUGCAUGGUAAGUAGUUAGCAGUGCAGAGAUUGACAGGCAGCAAUGUGAAGCGAGUGCGCAGGCGCCAAAAUCAGCGCGUACGACUGCAAGCGCAUCUCUAUUGAGGGACAAGAUGCGAGUUGUUAACGCGUGGGAUGUGGUCACCAAUAGCGUAGCUGAGCUGAGCUGGGCCUAAAACACAUUGCA